UUCGUUCAUGAGUGUUUUUAGCGUAAACUGUCGACAGAAAUAAGACUUUGCACCUCAUAUGAGGGAAAGCGAGUUUUAAUAAAUACUAGUUUUAAGAAAGCGCCACGUGCAGGAUCAUGUGCAAUAGGUCAGCACUAACAUGAAUGUGACGGUUGUGGCGGAGCGCUUCUAACCACAGGGACGAUUUUGAAGUUUGUUGGAACACGCGACGCUCGGAUUAUCAAAAGCGCAUUUUCUUCAACGAUUUUUGGGUGGACGAAAGCAAAACACAAGGACAGUCACUCCCACUGCUUCACCGCGCAAUAACUUUGAGAGAUAGUCCACCACCUUUGACUUCUUUCCAGACUACGUACACAUACGGCAGGCGAUGGUGAACAGCCGUGUGGAAUCCGCCGCCGUCGCGGUAACCGGAGGUAGUGGGGCGGUGCGCUCCUGUGCAGGCUGCGGAGGUCGGAUCUCGGAUCGCUUUCUGCUCUUCUCCAUGGAACGGUACUGGCACACACGCUGCCUUAAGUGCUCCUGCUGCCAGGCUCAACUGGGAGAGAUCGGCAGCACCUGCUUCAGCAAAGGAGGAAUGAUCCUCUGCAGGAAUGAUUACAUCAGGUUGUUUGGUCACAGUGGAGCUUGCAGUGCAUGUGGACAGUCUAUCCCUGCCAGUGAGAUGGUGAUGAGGGCCCAGGGUAACGUCUACCAUCUAAAGUGUUUCACUUGUGCCACAUGUCGAAAUCGCUUGGUGCCUGGUGACCGAUUUCACUACGUCAACGGCACCAUCUUUUGUGAGCAUGACCGGCCAGGUGGAGCUUUGCUCAGUAGUCACCUGACACCCCUGCAGAGCAACACCCUCCUAUCCGAUCAAAAGGUUUGCUGAAGGAAACAUGGAUGUAUCAUUUGCGGUGUGCCUUUUCUUCAUAUUUUUCCUCAACUCUUCCCUCCAAUCAAUCAUUGUGAAUGUCCAUGCCACUUUUGUGCAUUCAGCCACCUUAGAAGAAUUCAGAACCACGCAAGUACUGCGAGUCACUUGCAAGACAAUCACCCCAUCGUGGGAAACCUAAUCAAGUCGAAGAAAGACAAAAGCUAAAAAGGAUCAUGUGCACUCAUAUGUGGUCUGUCUGGUUAUGGCUGGGAUAGUCUGACCCUGAAAGCCGUAGACUCCAUGAAAGAGCAGCUCUAUAUUGCUGGGGUGAUGCUCAACAUGAUUUUGUUCCCUUUUGAGAAGUCUCUCAAGGAAUGUCGUGGCAUUUUGGACUGUAGGGUUCUAUGGAUGACGAUUGAUAUCACUUCUUGUCAAUAAAACGACAUCCGUAUAUAAAAAGACUGUUAAAAAUGACCAUUUUGUUGCAGUGGUGGUUGCCUUUUGUUUACAAGCCAAGUUUUAUCUUUUAUCUUUUUUUUUUUUUUGAAAAUGUUCUGUCGUCUUUGGUGCCUAAAACAUUUUUAUGUCCAGUUUUCCCUCCUAUUAGCAAGUUAUCAUAUACAUGCACAGUACAGAUGUGUGAACAUGUAUUGUUACAACUACUCAAGUUUGACGUAUGAGGCGCUCUUUUUGAAAGGGUCAUAGUCUCCAGAUGAAACGGCAUGUUUCCCCCCCCCCCCCCCAAUGGUUUGGUAGAAUAAAUUCUAUGUCUGUAUCAUAUUCUCUAAGAGAGACUGUUAUUCAUUGUCUGCCAAGACAUUUGUUGUGAGUGUGAGGGAGAUUUGAGAGUAAAAUUGUAUAUAUUUCAUGUGCUGUUGUAUCGUGUUCAAUGGUUGACCUGUUUCCUUGUGUCCUCUGUUUAAAUAGAGGAACCAUUAAAAAAAAUAAGAUAUCUGUAAAAAAAAAGAAGUACUUAAUUAAAUAACUAUAACCAUCAAAAA